UAUUGGUCGAGCUUCUUUGAUUCUAAGUCCUUUGGACUGUAUUGAGCACAAAGUGUAUUCUAAGUGUUUUCUCAAAGUGUAUAUAUAUAAAAGUGAACACUUAAAAAUUGAUUGCGUAAUUGUUAUACAAAGUAUACCAUCACCCAUACAUAGAGCUUAUUGGAUAGAGUGUAACAGGAUUCGCCCUAUGUGUCUGUCUAGCCGUACACAUGUUCGUGUCUGAUCCAUAUCUCCCGUCAUGAAUAAAUGAUUUUUUAAAUUUUACAGAAAUGUUAACCACAUCCAAGAUUAUGUGUUGCAGGUCAAAGUUCAAUGUCACAAAGCUUAAUUGUCAUAUAUUCUACUAAUACAGCUAGUGACUUCAUAUUUGGCAUGUAGGUGUACCUGAUGGAGCCACCAAUUUUCAGUGGUAACAUUUGAAGGUCAAGGUCAUCCUUCAAUGUCAAAGGUCAACUUUUGAACUAUUGCAGAUACAGAAUUGAUACUUGACAUGCAUGUGUAUCUCAUUAAGUUGCAGAUAUUCAUUUGUAACAUAACACAGUCAAGGUCAUCCUUCAAGGUCAAAUGUCAAAUUUAUUUGUGACAAGACCCUUUGGGCGCAUUGGUGUUUCAACUACACACUUUUAUUUACCAUCGCAAGGGUUACAAUUUGACAGGGUAAUAACUAACGUUUUUUUGUGUGCAAAUUUAAUGCCCCUUUACAGGCAGACAAAUGUUGGCAUACAUAAAAGAUGAUGAUUGAAAAUAAGCAAUCAAAAACUUCUUUAUGCCACAUCAAAGAUGUCGAUGUUAUUUCUCCUUGCAGGACAGCGUUGCCACUACAGUAAUGGUGAAUGACAAAGAGGUGAAUGUGUGGACCAUUACGGUGGAGGACCGUACUGGGAAGGUGAAAGUCAGCCUGUGGCGCAACAUUGCAGCAGAGCCUGUGGUGUUGGGGGAUGUUGUUGCCAUCACCAAUAUUGUUGUCAACAGCAAGAGAUAUAACAAUGAGGAAUCCUUGUCGUCCACACAAUUUACAAAGAUAGAGGUUACUGACAUGCCAAACACCGAGAUGACGGCCACCAUUCUAGGACUUGACCUGGGUGAUGUGGAAUCCCAGUUACUCACAGAACAGGAUGGAAUCUUCAAUGUAUCAAACGAAGUGCUAGUUGCAGCCUUUCAGUGUCAGUUGGAAGACAUUACAGCCAAACUACCAAAAACACUGAAUUUCAUAGCCAAAGGACAGUCUGUGGUCACCUUUAAUGAGUGAAAAAUCAUGUUCAAAGUUUAUAGUUUAGAGAUGUUUACUUUUCAUACACUGGAGCAUGACAGUCUGUGGUCACCUUUAAUGAGUGAAAAAUCAUGUUCAUAGUUUAUAGUUUAGAGAUGUUUACUUUUCAUACACUGGAGCAUUCAUAGUGUUGCCUGUUAUAUCAUUCCAUCACCAAGAAUUACCAAACUUGCUAGCUCUUGACCUGGGUGGUGUGGAAUCAAGCUUAGUCACAGAACAGGAUGGAAUCUUCACUAAAUCGAACGAGGAUCUAGUUAUCACCUAGGAUUACCAAACUUAGUGUGAGGAUGCAUAUAUUGAAUGCAGCGUUCCACUUUCAUCAGUUUCAUGUCCUUCUGACGUUGACCUUUACAUUUGAUCUUCAUUAUUUAGAGUAAUAUUCUUGAUGAAAAUUCACUUUAAAACACACAAAAAUCUAUCUUUGUCUGUUAGAGGACAUUACCUAUCUGUCAUUGAUGUGACAGAUUGAUGCAUUAUUUGAUGUGAAAGUGGCGUAUUUUACCUAUUAUAAAAGUCAUUUGAAUUCAAUUUGAGAAUUUUAUUUCUCAUAGUUCCUGCCCACAACUGUCAAUCAUUAUGUGAACCACCAGCCGCGUUUCACAAUUUUACUUUAAAGGUACCAGUAUGAAACAAGAGCAGCAAUGUGCCAAUCAACCUCUUGUGUACUUUUUAAUUGGCCAAUUGUAAAGCACGCAACGGUUCGUAAACUAAUUUACAAUCUGGGGUGGGAAUCAUGAGGCAUUAAAAUCCUCACACUUUAUUCAUUUUGGUGUAA